AUGGUUCCCGCAUCCUCCGCCAUCGGUGUACGGGCCGGUGUACUGUUUGCGCUCGUUGGCUUCCUGCUGGCAGCGCCCGAAACGAUGUCCGAUCUGAGUGUCCCGACGGUGCGUCGGUUUCACGCGAAGUUUGUGGUCGACCGGGUCGAAUCAAAGCGUCCACCAUCAACCAACGACCGAUCAACGCCCUCUGCUGAUGGGUUUGGGCUGUCGGCUGUGGUUGCAGCCGACGCGACGGCUCCAACACCGGCCCGGACCCGCUCGACGACACGCUGCCGUGAGGGCUGCCUGCAAAAGCGAUCUAUCAAGGAUAUUUUAUGCACACAGCAGCGCGAGUGCUCAAUGUGCUGGGACGUGUGCAACCGUAACCACCAAAUCCGGAAAGAGAAUGAACUAGCUCACCGUUUGCUCCUGAGCCUGGUACGUCUGAUACGCAACGAGUCGGUGGUGACGGCUGACAUCGAGUGGACGACACCGGAGGAGUUGGUACAGCAUCAGCCACAUCCGGUCGUACCGUCACCGCUCGCAGCAAGCGAAAAUGUCGAGCGCCUGUCACGGAUUGCGCGAGAUGGUGUCGUUGCUCGGGAUGGAGUUUCCCGUAUCAUGCAGACGUUAGCGAUUCCUCCAUCUCCCAGUACGCCAAGUGAGGAACCUCGCUUGCAGGAGUACCACCAGUGCUUGGUGUCGUGGGAAAUCUCCGGCGGUGGCCUUACCGGUAAUCUGCUAACGGAAACAUCCAAAGUGGAGCUAUCCCUGUGGCCCAACACCAAGUACCAUGUGCACGUUACCUGCCGAAAUAAGGAAACGGAUUCGCUCAUCCGCUCGUCAGUUCUGCUUGUCGAUACCAGCGAGGCGGUGAUUGUAAGUCUGCAGGGAACCACCUCCACCACCACCGAAACACCGCCACCGUUAGUGUUGGGGAACGGUUCCAUAAACUCGGCCAUCCAGUCCAUUACCUCCAAUCGGAUAGACUCUGAUCAGGAUAAUCUACCUGCGUCCUUGGAUGAUGUUGACCUCCGGAUGUUUUCCGAGCAGCAGCAGCAGCCGCAGCAACAACACCAUCGACAUCAAAGCUUCUGGCCGUUCAAUCGGAGCAGAUCUGAGUUGUCGAGUGUUACGUCCGGUAGCUCUAAGGAGAUUGUCAUCUUAGGCGUGUUCGUCGCACUGCUUGCCCUUGUGCUAGUGGCGCUCACCGUUGUGAUAAUAGUCCGCCGGAAGCCGGGUCCUCACGAGGACCGAGAGCUGUUGAUCGAAAGCGAGAUCCUGCCGAAGAUUCUGCACGUUUGAUAGAGGGAUGCUGAACCGAGACGCCGGCGUCGUUCGCUGCUGUAAAUAGUUUAUUUAUGAUCAACGAUCCUAAGAGCGCGUAAGUCUUUUCUGCUCGACGUCUGACAUUCUGGUGGAGAUCUCUUCGUUUGCUU